AUGGGUGCUGAGGAGAAGGUGCUGGUCACAUUGUCAGGGGGAGCCCCCUGGGGCUUCCGACUUCAGGGGGGGGCCGAGCAGAGGAAACCUUUACAGGUGUCCAAGAUCCGAAGACGGAGCCAGGCUGGCAGAGCAGGACUCCGAGAGAGGGACCAGCUUUUGGCCAUCAAUGGGGUCUCCUGCACCAGCCUCUCUCAUGCCAGUGCCAUGAGCCUCAUUGAUGCCUCAGGGAAUCAACUGGUCCUCACGGUGCGGCGGGUAGAGGAUGAAGGGCCUGUGCGGUCUCCAUCCCCUGGUGAGCUUCAGGUGUUGUCACCCUUAUCUCCACUGAGUCCUGAGCCCCCUGGCGCUCCAGUUCCCCAGCCUCUUCAGCCCGGGAGCCUCCUCUCACCCCCUGACAGUGAGGCUUACUACGGAGAGACAGACAGUGAUGCCGAUGGCCCUGCCACCCAGGAGAAGCCCCGUCGACCCCGCCGCAGAGGUCCCACGAGGCCCUCCCCUCCAGGAGCCCUACCUGAUGAGGUCUACCUAUCCGACAGCCCUGCAGAGCCAGCACCUGCCAUCGCUGGUCCUCCCAGUCAGGUCGAUAGCCGUGUGAGCUCCCCAUCUUGGGAGGAUGGGGCAACCCUUCAGCCACCCCCAGCCGAGGCCCUGCUGUUGCCCCACGGCCCCCUCCGGCCUGGCCCUCAUCUCAUCCCUAUGGUGGGGCCUGUUCCCCAUCCGGUGGCAGAAGACCUCACUACCACCUACACCCAGAAGGCCAAGCAAGCCAAACUGCAACGGGCAGAGAGCCUCCAAGAGAAGAGUGUGAAGGAGGCCAAGACCAAAUGCCGGACGAUUGCAUCCCUACUAACUGCAGCCCCCAAUCCCCACUCCAAGGGGGUGCUUAUGUUUAAGAAACGACGGCAGAGAGCCAAGAAGUACACCCUAGUGAGCUUCGGGGCUGCAGCUGGGACAGGAGCUGAGGAAGAAGACGGGGUCCCUCCCACGAGCGAGUCCGAGCUGGACGAGGAGACCUUCUCUGACGCCCGCAGCCUCACCAACCAGUGCGACUGGGACAGCCCCUAUCUGGACAUGGAGCUGGCCAGGCCAGGCUCAGUUGCAGCAGAGGGCCAGGGCGGGCAGCUGAGUGAGGCCUCGGGCAGAGGGGCCCAGCUCUUUGAACAGCAGCGCCAGCGCACAGCCUCUAGCACCCAGGAGCUGGCCCGGGAUGGUCCAGCAGCCAUACUCAAUGGGCAGGGCCUGCAGUCACCACCUCGGGCCCAGAGUGCUCCUCCAGAGGCGGCUAUGCUCCCAUCCAGCCCUUCGCCAGCGCCUGUAGCCAGCCCCAGUCCCUUCCUCUCAGGCGGUGGAGCCCCAACCCCAGCUCCAAACAUCUUUAACCGGUCAGCCAGGCCCUUCACCCCAGGCUUACAAGGGCAGCGGCCAGGUACCACUUCGGUGAUUUUCCGGCCGCUAGCUCCCAAGAGGGCGAACGAAAGUCUGGGAGGCCUCAGCCCCGCCCCACCGCCCUUCCUGUCCCCUCCACAGGGGCCCACCCCUCUGCCCAGUCACGUGCCAGCCUCCGGUUCCCCCAGCACUCCACGCUCCUCGGGCCCCGUGACAGCCACAAGUUCCCUGUACAUCCCAGCCCCCAAUCGUCCUGUAACGCCAGGAGGAACCCCAGAGCCUCCCGCUCCCCCUAGCGCCGCUGCCAUGACCUCCACCGCUUCUAUCUUCCUAUCGGCACCUCUGCGACCCUCUGCGCGCCCAGAGGCUCCCGCCCCAGGCCCCGGGGCACCUGAGCCCCCCAGCGCUCGGGAGCAGCGCAUCUCCGUGCCCGCUGCCCGCACUGGCAUCCUCCAGGAGGCCCGGCGACGGGGAACCCGGAAGCAGAUGUUCCGGCCGGGAAAGGAGGAGACGAAGAACUCGCCCAACCCCGAGCUGCUAUCGUUGGUGCAGAACCUGGAUGAAAAACCCCGGGCCGGGGGAGCAGAAUCUGGUCCAGAGGAGGAUGCUCUGAGCCUCGGGGCUGAAGCCUGCAACUUCAUGCAGCCACCAGGGGGCAGGAGUUACAAGACUCGGUCUCACGUGACACCUAAAACCCCGCCUCCAAUGUCUCCCAAGACCCCGCCCCCAAUGCCUCCUAAGACUCCACCCCCAGUGGCUCCUAAGCCCCCAUCUCGAGGGUUCCUUGAUGGGCUAGUGAAUGGGGCGGCCCCUUCGGCUGGAAUCCCUGAGCCAGCAAGGCUUCAGGGCAGGGGUGGGGAGCUGUUUGCCAAGCGGCAGAGCCGAGCAGACAGGUAUGUGGUGGAAGCUACACCUAGUCCUGGCCUUAGCCUUGGCCUUGGCCCUCGGCCCAGAAGCCCUUCCCCUACACCCUCACUGCCCCCUUCCUGGAAAUAUUCACCCAACAUUCGUGCCCCACCUCCUAUUGCUUACAACCCACUGCUCUCACCCUUUUUUCCCCAGGCUGCUCGAACUCUCCCUAAUAAGGCCCAAUCUCAGGGUCCUCGGGCAACCCCCAAGCAGGGUAUCAAGGCUCUGGAUUUCAUGCGGCACCAGCCCUACCAACUUAAAACUGCCAUGUUCUGUUUCGAUGAGGUUCCCCAGACUCCUGGCCCCACUUCCUUAGGGCCCCCCAAAACUGCCCGAGUCCAGGAGAUCCGCCGAUUUUCCACUCCAGCACCCCAGCCCACUGCAGAACCCCUGGCCCCCACUGUGCUUGCCCCAAGAGCAGCCACUACAUUGGAUGAGCCCAUCUGGAGGGCAGAGCUGGCCUCAACCCCUAUACUAAGCCCAGCCCCUCCUCCAGAGUCUCCCAGGGGUCUCGGGACUUCCCCCAGCUCCUGUGGCUUCCAGGUAGCCAGGCCCCGGUUCUCAGCCACCAGAACUGGAUUGCAAGCUCACGUGUGGAGGCCGGGGGCAGGCCACCACUGA